AUGCGACCGGCCGGGCAGCGGCUGUAUCUCGACUUCUUCAGCGUAUCUCCUGACAUCACAGGAUCGGGUUUGCUGUGGCACCUGCGCUCCGAUUUAGCUCCUCUCUCAAUCCAGGUCCCCACCCAGCUGCCCCAGUGGGUGAUUGCGUUGUUGCCUGUGUUCAUCGUCCCCCCCUCGUUUUUCAUUGUUCUGUGUUUCCUCACAGUGCAGGUCCUGGUGGAUGGAGCCCCAGUCCGGAUCCAACUGUGGGACACGGCUGGACAGGAGGACUUUGACUGUUUGCGCUCGCUUUGUUACCCUGACACCGACGUCUUCCUUGUUUGCUUCAGCGUGGUAAACCCAAGUUCCUUCCAAAACAUUACUGAGAAAUGGAUCCCUGAGAUACGAACUCACAACCCACGGGCGCCAGUGCUGCUAGUGGGGACUCAGGCAGACUUACGGGACGAUGUCAAUGUCCUCAUCAGCCUGGAUCGCUACCAUGUGAAGCCCGUGCCCCGGCCUCAGGCAGAAGGUCUAGCUGACAAAAUCCGGGCCGAAGCCUAUCUGGAAUGCUCAGCGCUGACCCAGAAGAACCUCAAAGAAGUUUUUGACAUGGCCAUUGUCAGUGGUGUUGAACACAAAGCACGGCAGGAAAAGAAGAUGACGGCCAAAGGCAUCAAAACUCUCUCCAAGUGCCGCUGGAAGAAGUUCUUCUGCUUUGUCUGA